AUGUCAGAUACAUUGGAGCGGCCAACCUAUCAUGAUGCAGUGGAAAAAUUGAAUUCCACUCAGUCGGGAUUCAAGGUGCUAGAUGAAAGAAGGCGUCUUGGUGGAAAACUGGGUAGCACGGUCGUGGAACAGAUGAGAAAAUGGAUAUGCCGCAUUGGGUACGAUAUCAACGAUCUAAAUCGUCUAAAUGUCGUUCAUGUUGCGGGUACGAAAGGAAAAGGCACCACAUGUGCUUUUGUCAAUUCCAUCCUUCAGAGCUACCAACAAUCUGUUGGGGUUCCCCGUAAGAUUGGACUCUAUACCUCCCCUCAUCUGGGGGUGGUAAGGGAGAGAAUCCGAAUCAACUCCUCUCCGAUUUCAGAGGAGCAAUUUACCAAGUACUUUUUUGAAGUCUGGGAUGCUCUCGAAUCAAGCGCAGUCAGAGAAGGUAUUGAUCCCGCUUAUAAGCCCACCUAUUUCCGAUUCCUCACUCUCAUGGCAUUCCAUACUUUCAUAAGAGAAGGUGUCGAUGCAGCUGUCUUUGAAGUUGGAGUAGGAGGUGAAUUAGACUCAACAAAUAUUAUUCCACAGCCGUCAGUGACUGGUAUCACGACCCUUGGGAUCGACCAUGUGUCUGCACUCGGCGAUACGAUCGACAAGAUAGCAUGGCAUAAAGCAGGAAUUUUCAAGACUGGGUCACCCGCCUUUACCGUUCCUCAGUUGCCUAGCGCUAUGGAGGUCCUAUACCAGAGAGCGAAAGAAAAGAACGUCAACCUCGUUACUGUUGUAGUCCACCCUGCUCUUUCCGAUAUUGAUCUCAAGCCAGCGGAAGAUUUUCAAAGGACAAAUGCUUCUCUCGCUAUUAGCCUUUCACUUUCCUUGUUGCAAAAACUCGGAAUUCAAGUGGACCUUGGCCAUGAAAAACUUCCCGAACAAUUUAUCCAAGGUCUCAAAAACAUGGUAUGGAGAGGAAGAUGUGAAACUCUUACAACCGGAAAGCAAAAUUGGCAUAUUGAUGGUGCACAUACAGAAGAGAGCCUUAAGUUAGCGGCCUCGUGGUUUGGGCGCGUCACAAACUCACAGUCAGUCCAGUCAAGGGAUACCCCAAGGGUGCUCAUCUUCAAUCAGCAGUCUACAAGAAAUGCCGAGGUGCUUCUUCGAGCUGUGCAUAGCGAGUUAUACAACAAUUGCAACUUGAGGUUUCAGCAUGCGCUAUUCUGUACGAACGUAACCUACAAAGGCAACGCCUUCAAAAUUGACUGCACCAACCGGAAUGUCGAUCCAAAGGAACUCGAAAGCUUGAGCCUACAAAGGCGCAUGGCUGAGCUUUGGCAUCAGUUUGAUCCCAUGACAGAGACAGCGGCGUUAGCAUCAAUCGAAGAAGCCAUCGAAUAUGCAAAGAACAUUGCCUGCGACGUGGAUAAGACAAUGAUUCUCAUUACUGGAAGUUUACAUCUUGUUGGUGGUGCACUUUUGGUCUUGGAAGGGGAGAGCUUCGCCCUCCAAAAAGCCACAACUUAG